AUGCUGGAGAACACGUUGGCUCGCCCCUCAGCAUCCGACUGUGCGGCCAACUACGUCUACAUUCGUCCAGUGCUGAUCCAUAGCCCGGACAAAGUUCCCUCCGGGUACUUUUUGACCGACGUGUUUUUAUACGUGGACAUGCUUUUCAGCGGUAAGCUGCUGAAGGUGACUGAUGAAUUGUCCAAAACAGGACUAGCCAGCGACGAAGCCGUGAAGCUCAAGAAGCUCAUCGGAGGCAUCCGGGGGUUGUGGCGCAGUUCAGAUACAGGCCAUCACCCAAGGGUGACAGAGUUGAAAGCUUUGAUUGAGCCAAGCCCAUCCAAGAAGAAGGAGCUGGAAGAAAUGGAGUCUUGA